CAAACACUGGUGGGUGUGAAGUGUUUGACAUGAUCUGUGGGUUGCAAACCUGAAUUGUUUCUAUAAGUAUCGGGACAGCUUUUUCUCUGUGUGGUUGGUAUAGAUCUCCUACCACAGGUUGUGUUGGAUAGUAGUAGCAUCUUGCCAUGAGUUUCAGGCCCAGAUUUUAAUCCGUUUUGCAAACCGCCUGAUAGAUUAUUUGAACUGCUGUGUCAUUGGGCCAUUUUGGUGUAAAAGAUCAUGGAAUAACUCAAAUGCAUAUUAAUGGGUUUUCUGAAUUGUCUUGUAGAAUGACACGGUGACUAUCAGAACCAGGAAGUUCAUGACAAAUAGACUGCUUCAGCGGAAGCAGAUGGUGAUUGAUGUUCUUCAUCCUGGAAAGGCCACAGUUCCCAAAACUGAAAUCAGGGAAAAGCUGGCAAAAAUGUACAAGACAACCCCAGAUGUAAUUUUUGUCUUCGGCUUCAGAACCCAUUUUGGUGGUGGCAAGACAACAGGCUUCGGCAUGAUUUAUGAUUCCCUGGACUAUGCAAAGAAGAAUGAACCAAAGCACAGACUGGCACGGCAUGGUUUGUAUGAAAAAAAGAAGACUUCAAGAAAACAGCGAAAGGAGCGUAAGAACAGAAUGAAGAAAGUCAGAGGCACAGCUAAAGCAACUGUUGGUGCUGGCAAGAAGAAAUGACGUGACUAGCAGUGAGCUGACAAAUGGAAGCAACAGAGCCUAUAUUAUCCUUAUGCUAAGGUAACAAGAGAAGAUGGUGCUGAUCUAUCAGAAGCUCAUCAAAUAAACUAUACAAACAGAAAUGCUCUUCUUUUGUUUUUUGUUUUUUACAAUUUUAAAUCUACAAUAAAGAUUUUAUAAACUUAAUGUCAAAGAUACAGGAUUGUUCAGUUCCAGUACCUUGUUCAUAUUAUAUUAAUAAUUCUUUUCAGAUAAUGCUGAGACUUAUUUUACAGCUUAAAUUUCUACUUGAAGAUAGUUGUUCAUGAAUCAAUUUGAAAUAUUUGGACACAAUAGGAACUAGACCAAAGCACUUAGUGGUCUAUAUUUCACAUUUUUUGAAAGCUGAGAAACUUACAAAGCGUUGUAUGUGAUAAGCAAUAAAACUUCAUCCGUGGGCUAGAA